AUGGCAAAUUCAAGCCAAAACAAUUUACCACCGGAUCAUCUAGUAAAUCCGGCAAAUCCAUUAUACCUUCACCCCGGAGAAAAUCCGGCGCUCAUUCUUGUUUCUCCAGUUUUGACUGAGACCAAUUUCCAUCAAUGGCAACGUGACAUGAUGGUUGUUCUUGAAACAAAGAACAAAGAGAAAUUCAUUAUUGGCCAGUUUCCAUGUCCUCCAAUCACCGAUCCCCUUCAUGAUGCAUGGCGUAGAUGCAAUCGCAUGGUGAUGGCUUGGCUUACGCAAUCCAUGAGUCCGUCCAUAAAGCAAUCUGUGAUGUGGAUGGAUACUGCAACUGAAAUAUGGACAGAUCUCAAGGAUCGAUUUUCUCAUUCUGACAAAUUUCGUGUUGCUGAUCUUCAGGAUCAAAUCCAAAAUUGCAAGCAAGGUGAUUCUAGUAUUUCUGAAUACUAUACACGAUUGAAAAUUCUAUGGAAGGAAAUUGAAAUGUACAGAUUAGUUUUAAUUUGCACUUGCUCCCCAUCUUGUUCCUGUGGACUUCUUCAAAAACUGCAAAAAGAGAGGGAAGAUGAUUGUGUCAUUCAUUUUCUUCGCGGUUUGAAUGAUGAAUAUUCGCAAGUGCGUUCUCAGAUCAUGAUGAUGGAUCCAAUGCCAUCAAUUGUCAAGAGCUUUUCCAUGAUUCUUCAACAUGAAAGGGAAUUUGUUGGUAACUCUUCAAAACCCUCUUCUCAGGAUUCUAUUGCUUUCACUGUUUCUCAUAAUGAUCAAUCUAAAUACAAUAGCAAAACCAAAAAUACUAUCACAGUGAACAAAAAUAAUACAAAUUUUGGAAAACCUUCUGGAAGGAACAAUAAAUAUUGUGAACAUUGUAAGAAAACCAAUCACACAGUUGACACUUGCUAUUGGAAGAUUGGAUUUCCUGCUGGAUACAGAAAAUCAAAUAAAGGUACUUCUUCUAGCUCUGCUGCUUCUGCUAGCUUGGUUGAAGUAGCUCCAAACACAGCCUCACAUCAUUCUGACUUGGUUGAAAAUGCUAACUGUGAACAAAUUAGUUUCUCAAAGGAACAAUAUCAAGCUAUCAUGGCUCUUCUUCAAAAUUCAAAAGACAAUUCAACCUCUGUCAAUCAUGCUCAGACCUCAACUAUUAAUCAUUCAGGUGAUGUUUCUUGCUCAUUUUCAUGGAUCUUUGACAGCGGUGCUACAGAUCACAUUUGUCCAUCUAAAUCUUUAUUUAAAUUUCUCAAACCCAUAAAACCCAUUACCAUAAGAUUACCAAAUAAUGCCAUUCUCAAUGCAAAUUUUUCUGGAAACAUUCACCUUGGAAAACUGAUUCUUGUCAAUGUUCUCUAUGUACCAGAUUUUACUGUUCAUCUUAUUUCUAUUCCUUGA